AAGUGAUCUUCUUUCGCCCAAACAGAAUCAAUUUGUUGAUGUCGAAUUCGGUUCGAGGAAAGCUCCACGCGUAGAGCCUAGAGUUAUCCGUCGGAAUGGGGGUAUCGGAAAGCGGCCUGCUCUACUCCAAGUUCAUGUCCAAUGCAUUGAGUGUGGCCACUGGCAAUAGCUCCUCGGAUGGGACUUUACUCCUUAUCCAAACCACAUCGUCCUCACCGCCAGCUGGUGAUGUGUUGGCCACCGGAGCUAGCAAGGUGGGUGUGCCAUCGAUGAACUCCUACCUGGUCAGUAUGGCAUGGCCGAAAUCGCUGGCGGUGGCCGUCUUCCUUAUCCUCAUCCUAGUCACCGUGGUCGGUAAUACACUCGUCAUCCUAGCCGUUUUGACCACACGCCGCCUGCGCACCGUCACCAACUGUUUCGUGAUGAACUUGGCCAUCACCGAUUGGCUGGUCGGCACCUGUGUGAUGCCUCCAUCGGUGGUCCUCUACAUAACAGGCACUUGGCGCUUCGGCUGGAUACUUUGCGAUAUUUGGAUCUCGCUGGAUAUCCUGCUAUGCACUGGGUCCAUUCUCAGCCUGUGCGCCAUCAGUCUGGACAGGUAUCUCGCCGUCACACAACCCUUGACGUACUCCAAGAAGCGGCGCUCCAAGCGACUGGCCCUGCUCAUGAUACUCGUCGUGUGGAUAACGGCCCUGUCAAUCACAUGUCCACCCUACUUGGGCUGGUACGAGGCGGGCAGGCAUCAGGAGGAGUUCGUGGACUGCCGCUACAACCAAAACAAGGGCUACGUGGUCUUUUCGGCAAUGGGAUCAUUCUUUAUCCCCCUCACGGUGAUGCUGUACGUCUACGUUAAGAUUGGUUAUGUGCUCACAUCACGGCGACAGCGCAUUGUGCGCGAUGCGAACUCAGAGCGCACGGCGGACUACGAUGUGGAUGGGGACAACUUCAUCUCGGAGUCGGAACAUUAUCACUGCACGCCAACCAAGUGGCUGCCGAAUAGAAAGUCCCGCUGGAGGUUCAGCUCACUCCAUGACCCACCCAGCAGCACAAAUACGACUAAAGGACAGCAGUCGUCCGUCAAGUGCUCCAAGUGUUCCACAGCAACUGGAGUGGGUGUGGGUGUUGUUGGAGGUGUCCCAGUGGCGGACAAAACGCUGACGUUCAAACACCAGCCCACUUUUUACGAGCUCGUCGAGGUGUCGCGUCUCUCCUCGCUCAUUCACUGCUCGGCAAUUAGCUGCAAGUACGGCGGACCUUGCAUGCACUCAACGCCCUCGGGAUUGCACUAUGUGGGCACGGAGGCCUCCUUUUCGGACACCUGCCUGGGUGCCACGAGUACCAAUGCCACCACGACACUGGAGGCCACUGAGAAACUGGAGGCGGAGUCCCAACAAAAACAGCAGCAGCAGAAAUCCUUCGAUCUACCACAUGGCCAUCAUCAUCCACAUCAUCAUCAUCAUCAUCAUGGCUCCCAGAACCAUCAUAACCACCAUCAUCGGAUGCCGAUGCGAGUUUCGACCACGAAACGUGAUAGCAAGACCGCCAAGACCCUGACAAUUGUGAUGGGCGGCCUAAUUGCUUGCUGGCUGCCCUUCUUCGUCUAUUAUCUACUGAUACCCUUCCUGCCACGACCCGCCGUCCUUGAGGACCUCAUGUUCGGCUUCACCUGGAUUGGCUGGGUCAACUGUGCCAUCAACCCGUUCAUCUACGCCUUUUACAAUCCCGACUUUCGCACUGCCUUCUGGCGGCUCACCUGUCGUCCCAUCUGCAAGCAAAAGCGUCCGCCCAACCACCUGGCCAUGUUUCGUGGCUAGUUCCCGGAUCCGGUUUCCAGGUUUCCAGCUCUCCAGUGUAACCUACUUGAGCGUGUCACAAAGUCCGCAUUCGCACAAUCAAAGCUCAGUUUGGUAGGGGAAAUAUCUCAGGCAUAUCCUAAUGUUUUUUCAUCCUGCUGGUUCAUUAACUUUUCACUUUUUAGAGUUUAGAAAAGUCAGAGCUGGGCUAAUUAGUGGAGAAUCUUUUUACAAGAGGUUUGAUAUUCAACUUCUUAGUAUCUCACAGUAUUGCUUAUGAAAAUCACGUUUCAUUGUCAUUGAAAGAAAGUACAAAUAGUGCUAGUGUAGAAAGAGUUUUAAGCUAGCUUAAACCUUGAAUUUAGUUUUUGAAAUAAUUGUAGCUUAAAAUAAGCAAAGACCAAUACAAUUUUUGUUGCCAAUUAGGGGAACUUCUUGUUAAAAUGUAAGAUAAGAAAAUUCCAUUGUAUACGCAUUGCUUUUUUAAUGAUAAUAAAAUUUAAUGGCAUUAUAAUUAACUCAGCUUGAUGAUAAGCACAGAAGAUAGUAAAAUGUGAUGCCUUCGCAUUUUAUUCUUGUAAAAAAACUACAAAAUUCCAAACUAAAUUCCUUUGAAAAAUGAAAUUAAUAUUUGAAAAAACUACAGUGAACUCUUAACCUUUGAGGAUCUAAGCUGUUUGUUAUACUCUAUCAUCUCCGCCAAACGCGGCUACUAAAACUAAGAGACUUUCGGUCAAUAUUGAUUUAAAGAAGAUUGUUAAGCCUUGUUAAGCCGAAAACGAUGCCAACUUUUGAAGCUUCUGAAUUUAGCAAGUAGUAUCUUUAAGGCCACUUCCUUUUUGGGGCAGUCUCUUUAAGACUCAUUGGACUUGGCCGGAAGUCGAGAUUCUUUCCCAGACCCAGAUCACAUUCCUAUAUAUACACCAGUAUAUAUAGUAUUUUUUGGUAUCUGUGUGCGAGAGUUGAGCGUUGAUUGUGCGAAGAGCGAAACGAAACAAAAGACAAAUUAUAGUAUUUGCGAGUCUUUGUUGCCUGACGGCAACUGUUGACCGUCAGGAUGAUGAGGAUGAUGAUGUCCUCAUCCUAAUGCCUUUGUUGUGUGCGUCUAGUUUGUAUGUGUGUGUCGUCCACGCUCUACACACUAGUAGCUGUAGCUGCUAGCUGCCAACGACAUAUCUGGCGUAUCCUUUGUUGGCCAAGUCCGGUCAAGCUCGGCCUAACCCCGCAGGCACGGUACACAAUGUCCGGCCAACCCAUUUAAUGUUUAAGCAAUCGCAAUCGCACGGCACACGUUGCUCCAUGCUCCGGUGCUCGCAGAGGCUCUCCAGGCAGGCGAAAGUGAAACUGUAACUAAAACUAGACCGGAUUUGAAGCUGCACUUGAGCCUGCUGGGAUUUUAAAUGGCCUCCAGAACCCCUUUGUCCAUAUCCAAACACACACACACUAGGCUUGUUAAGCAUUUUAGUCCAACUAAUUUGUAUAUAUAUAUUUAUAUAUAUAAUAUUAUGUAUUAUACUUGGAACCCCAACUAUUUAUGUUCUUUAUAAAUGUUCACCUGGAAUGGAUCUCUGUAAAAGAGCUCUAUCGGCCA